GUCUGCACAUUCCAAGACGACCUUCCUUCCCCUUGCCAAGGGGCUUCCAAGACACGUCUAUUCGAAGAACGCCGGGAUUUCGAAGCUUGAGUUUUUCCUCAAAUCCGUCUUCUGAUAUCUCACCUUGAACGUGACUAAAUCCACUGUAAUCUUGUCUUAGUAUAAUUGUUCUGAUAGGUAAAGUGAUGUUCUAUUGAUGAUCAAUAUGUGACUAUACUAGCGAAUUUGCUGUCUUGAAGGCGGAAGCGCUAUAGCUGUGCCUUAAAACAACAACAUUGCAAAGGCCAAGAGAUCUGCAAAGAAACGCUUCUAUCACCGACAGUAAGACUACAAAAUAAAACCACGAAAACUGAACGAAAAUGUUGUGGAAAAAAACGGGAAAUACCUGGCAUAUGACGGAUUUAUCGUAAGCUCAACCAAUGAAUAUUUUAUCACUCGGUUAACUUGAAUCCUGUAAACAGCAGUUGGAGAUAAGUGUUUGUAUGAAACUGAAAUAGAAAAUAUAACAGAAAUUACAGUUGGUCAUCAAGUCCUCAGACAUCAAAGGAUGGCUACCGAUAACAUGACUGAUAAUAAGUGUGAUCUUUUGAUUCGCGCCGUCAUCCAAAGAAAUGAGAAUGAUAUCUGUGCAUUGGUUGAUGCUGGUGUUGAUGUUAAUAUAACUGGUUGUGGUGGCCAGACUGCUUUGUUUUAUGCUGUCCAACAAAGUAACAAAGAGAGUGUGGUUCGUGCACUGAUUAAUGCUGGUGCUGAUAUCAAUAUGACUGGUGAUGAUGGCCAAACUGCUUUGAGUUAUGCUGCCCAACAAAACAACAACGAAAGUGUGGUUCGUGCAUUGAUUAGUGCUGGUGCUGAUGUCAAUAUGACUGGUGAAUAUGGCAGAACUGCUUUGUUUUAUGCUGCUCAACAAAGCAACAAUGAUAGUGUGAUUCAUGCAUUGAUUGAUGCUGGUGCUGAUGUCAAUAGAACUUAUUUUCAUGGCCGUACUGCUUUGUUUUAUGCUGUCCAACGAAGUAACAAUGAGAGUACAGUUCGUGCAUUGAUCUAUGUUGGUGCUGAUUUCAACAUAACUGAUAUUGAUAACCAAACUGCUUUGAUUCAUGCUAUCCAACUUAGUAAUGAGAGUGUGGUUCGUGUAUUGAUUGAUGCUGGUGCUGAUGUCAACAUAAUCAAUAAUUAUGGCCAAACUGCUUUGCUUUAUGCUUUACGACAAAGUAACAACAAGAGUGUGGUUUGUGCAUUAAUUGAUGCUGGGGCUGAUGUCAACAUAACUGAUGUUCAUGGCCAAAAUGCUUUGUUUUAUGCUGUGCAGCAAAGUAUAAACAAUGAGAGUGUGGUUCGUGCAUUGAUUGAUGCUGGUGCUGAUGUUAACAUAACAAACGAUUAUGGCCAAACUCCUUUGUUUGUUGCUGUCCGUUUAAGUAACAAUGAAAGUGUGGUUUGUGCCUUGAUUGAUGCUGGAGCUGAUGUCAACAUAACAACUGAAUGUGGCCAAACUCCUUUGUUUGUUGCUGUACAACAAAGUAACAAUGAGAGUGUGGUUUGUGCGUUGAUUGAUGCUGGUGCUGACGUCAACAAAACUGAUGGUGAUGGCCAAACUGCUUUGUUUUAUGCUGUGCAACAAAGUAACAAUGAAAUUGUGGUCCGUGUAUUGAUUGAUGCUGGUGCUGAUGUCAACAUCUCUGAUAAUUAUGGCUAUGACCACACGGCUUUGUUUUAUGCUUUCCGACAAAGUAACAACGAGAGUGUGGUUCGUGAAUUGAUUGAUGCUGGUGGUGCAUUUGUACAUUUUCGAGAUGUUUUUGGGCGAACACCAUUGUUUUACGCUUUAAACUAUCCAAAGUCAGCUCGUAUUCUUGUUGACAAGGGAAAAAAAUAUCUUUUUCAUUUGAAAGAUAAUUCUAAUUGCAGCAUUCUGAACUUUUUUGUCGAUAGAAAUGUAUUCUAUGGUAAUACAAACAUUCUUCCUGGCUUUUUUGAUUUACUUGAAGAAUGUGAGGUACAGAAAAAAACAUUCGCCGAAGCAAUUUUGAACAUAGCUUUCUGUAAGCUCCCUCUCAUCUUCCUAAAAAGACCAGGAGGUCUAGAGAGUAUGCGAACAGUGAUUACUAGAGCAUUGGAACUAGCUGGUCAGUAUAUUGACAAUCAAAAGGAAAUACAAAUGCUGAUUACGUUAGUAAAUGAAAACUGUAAAAAUGGAGAAGGGGCAUCACAAGCUUUACAAUCAUUGGUUGAGUUAGGUGCGGAUCCUAAUAGUGUUGAUCAAGAUGGUAAUACAGCUUUUCACUGCGUGACGCGGUUAGCAUUUAAGGGUGUAGUACCACAAGAGAUUGUCAUGGAGAUUUGUCUUCAGUUGGAGAAACUCGGUGUACCAUUAAACUUCAGAAACCAUGAGUAUCAGACACCACUACUGCAAUGUUUGCGUAGAAAUGAUGGGGAGUCUGUUUCACUGGAGGAAAAACGGUUAUCAGAAGUAAAAACCCAGGUAGAAAUUUGUAGAUUUUUGUCAAAACAUGGAUCCAGCAUUGAAGGAAGAUCUCGAAUGGGAGAAACUUUUUUUCAUUUAUUACUAAAUCUUUUCCAAGAAGGACUCGACUUAAAUGAUAUGACAGUAAGACAAGAUGUCUUGCAUGAAGCAAUAAAACUUUUACAAUUUUUUUCACCAGAAAAAGUGACAAACGCAGGAAUUAUUAACAUAUCUCAUGUUUCCAACAACUCAACCGUGAUGCACCUUUGGGCUUCAUUACACUUACCACCACCUCAAGACUAUGCCAGUAAUGUUACCAGAGAUCUCACAUUUGAGCAAUUCUUACAAACAAUCUUAAGCUAUCUUUUGAGAUGUGGAGCAAAACUUGAUGCCAGAAAUUGGGUUGGUAGAACACCUUUACUUUGGUGCAGAACAUGGAUAGCUUUGAAGCUGUUGCUUGAUGCUGGAGCAAAGGCUAAUGAUGUUGAUUCAUCAGAAGCAUCCCCUCUUGUAGCUGCAGCAUUAUCAUCUUAUGGUAAUAAGCCUGGUCCUUACCCAGAUGUUUCAGAUUUAGAUCCAAAAGCAUUUUGGAAAACUGCCAUUGACAAAGGACUUGAUCCAUGGACAGCUGACAAAGAUGGUAAGUCAGUUUUAAGUAUUUGCAUUGAAAGGAAUUAUUUUGUUUUUGCCAAAGCUCUGGUUGAUGUUGCCUGCGAGCAGGGUUACACUCGGUCCGAGACAUUUGCUGUUGGUCUUUUGAAUGCCAUCUGCAAAGACAAAUCCACACGGACAAAUUGGAAAAGCAUUCUUGUCAAAGAUAUUUUGAAGGCAAGAAGAGUUCCCACCACUGCUUCUGAACCACUUCGCCUUUGCUGUAGGAACAUAAUUGAAACUGGCGUAUUGGAUAACAAGAUAGAAAAGAAGUCUGCCUCUGCAGCUAAAGAAAUGUCAGCCAGUAAAGAUCAUGUCACCUUUGCUGAAAGACAACAUCAAUCAAGCAAAGGAAGAAUGAACACAUUGGACAAUUCAAUAGAAGCAGAGUUUGAAAACUCAUCUGUGCAUUGUGAAAUCAUUAAGAUUCUUCGUUUGUAUGGAGCUGAUGGCAAUUCGUGCUUGGAUAUGGUAGAUACUUCUGAUGCUCUUAAAGAACUCCUCACUAAUGCCUUAGAUUCUAGUGAAGUGUCUGUACUCAUUCCAUGGACUUCUAUUUCAAAGAAAUAUAAAGCCAAACUGGCCAAAGUCACUAGACGACAAGAGUGCGAUGUGAUCCAUGAAGACUUUUGGUGUCAUAAAGAACACGUAGGAAGUGGCUCAUAUGGCAAUGUCUUUGUUGGAAUCAAUCAGAAGGAUGGUAGAGAAGUGGCCAUCAAGUGCAUUUUGAAGACACGUAUGCAGCGACCAGAAGACAAACGAGAGAUUAAAAAUCUCACUGUCCUUGCAGACUGCGAACAAACUGUACGUUAUUUGAAUUUCUUUGAAGAUGAGACCUUUUCGUGCAUAGUUUUAGAGCUGAUGGAAGGAAAUCUUGACGAGUACCUUAUUGAUAAAUCCACAUUUGAUUCGAGUAAAAGUACUCAGCUUUGUCAAGAUGUAGUCAAGGGGUUGAAGUUUCUGCAUGCGGAGAAUAUCAUUCAUCGCGACCUGAAGCCUGGGAAUAUUCUCUACAAAAUACAUCCUGAUCUUCGUUUGAAAAUUGCUGACUUUGGACUGAGCUGUCGUGAUGAUAGUAGCACCACCACAGUGUACAGUGCUAAUGCAGGAACGAGAUGUUGGAUGGCUCCAGAAUUGUUGAUGGGUACUCAUGUACAUGGUGGAGAUCAUUCCAAGGCAUCUGACAUGUUUUCAUGCGGACUUGUUCUUCAUUACAUUCUGUCAAAACGAAAGCACCCAUUUUCUCCAUGUGAUUGUGCCAGUAAAGGAGAAUAUCAAAUUGCUCAUGAAACAGAAGCCAACAUCAUGAAAGGAAGCAUGGAAGGAUGGGAUAAAUCCAUUCUGGUAGAAGCUACUCACCUUAUAGAAAAAAUGCUCGAAUGUGAUAAAGACAAACGCCCAACUGCAGAAAAAAGUCUGGAUCAUCCAUUGUUCUGGUCAAAUCAGAAAAAAGUUGAUGUUCUUGUUGCUGUUGGAAACCAGUCAGAGUUUGAAUGCCCACGUGCAAAAAGAUCAACUCUGACUGCUGUGGAGAUUGACUUGGAGAAGAACUUUAGUUCCAUAGUGGUGCAUGGGAAGUGGGAUGACUCGAGGUAUAUGAACAUGCCUACUAUUUACACUGAAAUGACAUCCACCAAGAGAAAGUCCUAUGAUACUCACUCUGUAAUAGAGCUAGUGCGGUUCAUACGAAAUGCUUAUGCACACGUCUCUGAAUCCACACGGCCAACAACGAUCAGAAAAAUGUUACUUGAAGACUUCGUGUUUCUGGAAUAUUUCUGUCAUCUUGUGAUGGAAGUGUACAAGGUUGUGACCGAUCAUGGAUGGGAUCAAAGAAGAGAAGAAAUCGAGUAUGCGAUGAACAAGUAACAAGGUACAGG